AUGCAAAUACCAACUUCAGCCUUGUUCAUACUUUUCUUCUCCCUCACUUCUGUGGUAGAAGCUAAAUACCAUCCGCCGUCAACCGCUUCGCCAGAUUAUCAGAAAUGCAAACAUGGUGUUGAUUCUGACCCAUCCUGUAUUCCAAUCGUGUCAGACGACUCGGUGUCCAACAUCCGCGACUCCAAAGGACGUUUCUUAUUGUUGAAUGAGAAACAUCCAGAAUUAAAAUCGUAUAUAAAACAACAAACCAAAUCACCUUACAUGACUCCAACAGCUACGAUCACAGGCGACGUGGUCAUACCUUCUACUCCUCAAGCUCCAGCUUUGGUCGCUCCUGAGUUAUCCACCGGCACUCUCGCUCCUACGGCGAUGGCAACCAGGGAUGAUAAUGAAGGAGAUAUGAAAUUUGGUGGAGCUAGUUCAUGGGGUAGACCAUUCCUAGCUAGAUCCGAAGAACCGGAACCUGGAGUCGAUACCAAGGUCAUGAUGAAAAGGGAUACCAAUCAUUUUAGUUUACCUUCUAUCCCAUUUUUGGCAGAUGGAAAUGAAAAUGGAUUAUUCGAUCUGGGUUUGACAUCAUCUCCACCGGCUCAAGUCGAUUCCGUUAUCAAUAAUGAUAAUCCUCAAGCUCAAGCUCAGGCUCAGCCUCAAGUCGAUUUGAUUGGUGAUUUAAAAUUCGGUUAUGGCGGAGGAUGGGGUAGACCAUGGAAGAGAUCACCCAAUCCAAAUCCUGAACCUAAAGAUUGUUUAGAGGAAACUACCAUUUUCUCAACUGCCACAGCGACUGCGACAGCUACCAACACCCAAGUUCAGUUCCAGACCCCGACCAUCACUACUACAUCCACACCUACAACCAGUACUACCGAUGUGGAGGAUAAUACGGGUAAUGCCAAAUGGGGAUUCGGAGGAGGAUGGGGAAGACCUUUCGUCAGGUCGAGCUCGGUAUUUACCCAACAAAUUUCAGAAGAACCAUCAUCCGAUGAUACGGGGAAUAUGAAAUUCGGAUAUGGAGGUGGAUGGGGUAGACCAUGGAAAAGACAAGGUCCGGUUGAUGGACUAACAUCAUCAUCAAGAAGUAUGACUAUGACGACUACUAUGCCUCAGGAGGAUGUGGGAAACAAGAAAUUUGGAUAUGGAGGUGGAUGGGGUAGACCCUGGUAG